GCCGUGGUGCUGAUUCUGUCAGGCGCUGGCGGCGGCGGCGGCGGCGGCGGCCCCGCUCCGGCUCCCUGGCCAGACCAGGAAGGCUCCAAGCCUCGCGGAGCCCCUCGCCCUCCCGCCGCGGCCCCGGCUUGGGGCGCGGCUGCAACCAGCACCCAGCACCAUGCGCCCAGCAGCCCUGCUGCUCCUGCCCUCGCUGCUGGCGCUCGUGGUUCACGGACUCUCCUCAGAGCCCCCAACCAUGGGGGAAAGACAAGCCACAGGAAUCAAGGAAAGAGAUGGGGAGCUGACAGCGGCCCCCACACCUGAGCAGCCAGAGAGAGGUGUCCACUUCAUCACAACAGCCCCCACCCUGAAGCUGCUCAACCAUCAUCCACUGCUGGAGGAAUUCCUUCAAGAGGGGCUGGAGACGGGCGAGGAGGAGCUGAGACCUGCACUGCCCUUUCAGCCUACACCCUUCACCCCAAGCCCCCUCACCCGCCUGGCCAACCAGGACAGCCGCCCCGUCUUUACCAGCCCCACACCUGCCAUAGCUGUAGCACCCACACAGCCCCAGCCCAGGGAGGGACCUUGGAGCCUAGAGUCAGAGCUCCCUGUGCUUCGUAUCACAGCCCCUCUACCUCCAGGGCCCAGCCUUGCAGUGCCUACCCUAUACCCAGGGGACCGACCUAGUACUACACCCCCCAGCAGAGCCUGGACUCCAACCCAAGAGGGCCCUGGAGAUAUGGGCAGGCCAUGGGCUCCAGAGGCCAUGUCCCAGACCACAGGGCUUGGGACUGAGAGCACCAUCACCACCUCCACAGCUUCCGGAGAUGACGAGGAGACCACAACCACCAUCACCAUCAUUACCACCACUAUCACCACAGUUCAGCCACCAGGCCCUUGUAGUUGGAAUUUCUCUGGCCCAGAGGGCUUUCUGGACUCCCCUCAAGCCUACAGCUCACCCUCUGAUGUCGGCCUGGACUGUUUCUACUACAUCUCUGUUUACCCUGGCUAUGGUGUGGAGAUCAAGGUCCAGAACAUCAGCCUCGGGGAGGGAGAGACAGUAGCUGUGGAGGGCCUUGGGGGCCCUGACCCAUUGCCCCUGGCCAACCAGUCUUUCCUUCUCCGGGGCCAAGUCAUCCGAAGCCCCACGCACCAAGCAGCCCUGAGGUUCCAGAGCCUCCCGCCACCUGCUGGGCCUGGAACCUUCCAUUUCCACUACCAAGCCUACCUCCUGAGCUGCCACUUUCCCCGACAACCAGCCUAUGGAGAUGUGACUGUCACCAGCCUCCACCCAGGAGGCAGUGCCCGCUUCCACUGUGCCACUGGCUACCAGCUUAAGGGUGCCAGGCUCCUUACUUGUCUCAAUGCCACCCAGCCCUUCUGGGAUUCCCAGGAGCCUGUCUGUAUCGCUGCCUGUGGUGGAGUGAUCCGGAAUGCCACAACUGGCCGCAUUGUCUCUCCGGGCUAUCCCGGCAACUACAGCAACAACCUCACCUGCCACUGGCUACUUGAGGCUCCUGAGAGUCAGAGGCUGCACCUGCACUUUGAGAAGGUCGCUCUGGCAGAAGAUGAUGACAGGCUUAUCAUUCGCAAUGGGGACAAUGUGGAGGCCCCGCCUGUGUAUGAUUCCUACGAGGUGGAAUACCUGCCCAUUGAGGGCCUGCUCAGCUCUGGCAGACACUUCUUUGUGGAACUCAGUACAGAUAGCAGCGGGGCAGCUGCUGGCAUGGCCUUGCGCUAUGAAGCCUUCCAGCAGGGCCACUGCUAUGAGCCCUUUGUCAAAUACGGCAACUUCAGCAGCAGCGCACCCUCAUACCCUGUGGGUACCACUGUGGAGUUCAGCUGCGACCCUGGCUACACCCUGGAGCAGGGCUCUAUCAUCAUUGAGUGUGUUGACCCCCAUGACCCACAGUGGAAUGAGACAGAGCCAGCCUGCCGAGGUGGCAGCCCCAGGAUAUGGAACUGGAGGGAACACAGAGGAGACAUCCUCCCAGGCCUCUCCUGCCUUCCAGCCGUGUGCAGUGGGGAGAUCACAGAUUCAGCCGGUGUAGUACUCUCCCCCAACUGGCCAGAGCCCUAUGGCCGAGGGCAGGACUGCAUCUGGGGUGUUCAUGUGGAAGAGGACAAGCGCAUCAUGCUGGACAUCCGAGUGCUGCGCAUAGGUCCUGGUGAUGUACUUACCUUCUAUGAUGGGGAUGACCUGACAGCCCGGGUCCUGGGCCAGUACUCAGGGCCACGUGGCCACUUCAAGCUUUUUACCUCCAUGGCUGAUGUCACCAUCCAGUUCCAGUCAGACCCCGGGACUUCAGUGCUGAGUUACCAGCAAGGAUUUGUCAUCCACUUCUUUGAGGUGCCCCGCAAUGACACAUGUCCAGAGCUGCCUGAGAUCCCCAAUGGCUGGAAGAACCCAUCGCAGCCUGAGCUGGUACACGGCACUGUAGUCACUUACCAGUGUUACCCUGGGUACCAGGUGGUGGGAUCCAGUGUCCUCAUGUGCCAGUGGGACCUAAGCUGGAGUGAGGAUCUGCCUUCAUGCCAGAGGGUGACUUCCUGUCAUGACCCUGGGGACGUAGAGCACAGCCGACGCCUCAUAUCCAGCCCCAGGUUUCCUGUGGGAGCAACCGUGCAGUAUAUUUGUGACCAGGGUUUUGUGCUGACGGGCAGUGCCAUUCUCACCUGCCAUGACCGCCAGGCUGGCAGCCCCAAGUGGAGUGACCGGGCUCCCAAAUGUCUUUUGGAACAGCUCAAGCCAUGCUAUGGCCUCAGUGCCCCCAAGAAUGGUGCUCGCAGUCCUGAGAAGCGGCUACACCCAGCAGGGGCCACUGUCCACUUCUCAUGUGCCCCUGGCUAUGUGCUGAAAGGCCAGGCCAGUAUUAAGUGUGUGCCUGGGCACCCCUCACACUGGAGUGACCCGCCACCCAUCUGUAGGGCUGCCUCUCUGGAUGGGUUCUACAGCAGCCGUAGCCUGGAUGUUGCCAAGGCACCUGCUACUUCCAGUGCCCUGGAUGCUGCCCACAUUGCAGCUGCCAUCUUCCUGCCACUGGUAGCAAUGGGGCUGUUGGUGGGAGGUGUGUACCUUUACUUCUCCAGGCUCCAGGGGAAAAGCCCCCUGAAGCUGCCCCGAACACAUCCUCGCCCCUAUAAUCGCAUCACCGUGGAGUCAGCAUUUGACAAUCCAACUUAUGAGACUGGAUCUCUUUCCUUUGCAGGAGAUGAGAGAAUAUGAAGUCUCCAUCUAGGCGGGGGUAGCCUGGGGAAGCUCACUCAGCCCUGCAUCACAGCCCAGCAGCAGGCCUUCUGGCUUUCUGCUGUCCCUCCAUCUCUUGUACAUACCACCUGGGAAGAGAUGCCACCAAUCCCUCACGAAGUUGUGCCCUUCCCUGCCUGCAGUGCCCAUCGUGGCCUAUUUUCUUGGCACCACUGCCCAAGUCAGGGGGUACCUGACUGAGUAGAACACAGCUGGAGCACAUCAUCAACAGCCAGCAUCCUCCUGACCUUCCUGCCUGGAAGUCAUAGACAGAGCAGGAGAACCUUUCUCCAUAUGGCCACUAUCCAUCCCUGGCAUGUAGGGCUCUCCAGCCAGGCAGGUGGUGGUAGAAACUGCACCAGGGUGCUCCUCACAGGGCCAUCACUAGUGGCCAAAACUGCUCUAAAUGGUGACCUCUGGGCAGUCCUGGCAUGCCAACAUCAGCCCCUCAGGGAGGUCUCUGAAGCCCCAGAAAUGGACAUUUCUGCCUCCUGCUCCAUUCUGGUAGAGGCAAUAAUUCUAAGGGACUCUAAAGGGGUUCAGAGACUCUACCCCAAACUCAGAUUGGGCUUCACUGGGUACACAUGCUCCACACCAAAGCAGGAGACCCCACUGCUCCCUGGCAGCCCUAUAUCCUGAAGAGAGGCAGCGCUUCCCCUGAUGUGUAUCUGGCUCUUACAAACACUCCCUUUCCCACUAGUCCCUCUUCCUGCCACAAUGGCAUAAGGGGAAUAGGUAGGUAUAUUCUGGAGAGGAGCAGAGGUCCAGAGAGCCAGAAAUUUGGCAUGGAACAAUGAAUGAAGAGAGCCCCAGGGCUGGCUGAAGGGCAAUUUGUACAUAUAAUGUAUUAUAUGGGGUCUGGGCUCCAGCCAGAGAACAACCUUUUAUUUCUGUUGUUUCCUUAUUAAAAUGGUGUUUUUGAAAAAAAAUCAAGCAA